AUGACGGGCCAACAACCUCCUGGCUAUGGGUCAAUGAGUGAUCAAGAUGACAUGUCUUCAGCCGAGGAUAGCGAAGACAGUUUUAUGGCUGUUCCAUCCCCCAUAGAUGGUAUAAAUGGUUGGCAGUCUGCCACCAAGAAUAUCUUUUGCCUACCGUGGCUAGAUUCUACAGAACUGACGCCUGCAGCCCUCUUCAUCGUAGAGCUACGCUCUAUUCUGUUUGCUGGAUGGAUAAACAUCCUCACCAUCUUUGUCCCAAUUGGCUUAAUCACAUAUGUCGUGAAGGCCCAGCCCAUCAUGAUUUUUAUAACCAACGCGGUGGCCAUUGUGCCAUUGUCCGCACUAUUAACUGAGGCGACGGAGAGGAUAGCCGAUGAUGCUGGCGACACAAUCGGGGCGCUUCUGAACAUAAGCCUAGGCAACAUUGUUGAGCUGAUAUUGUUCGUUGCCUUAGCGAAUGGCCAUGUACGCAUUGUACAGGCCUCUAUUUUAGGCUCUGUCCUUGUAAAUCUUCUUCUCAUCCUAGGCUCAGCCUUGUUGGCAUGCGGCGUCGCAGAUGUCGAGGCAUCUUACAGUACCUCAGGCACAGAAGUGCUUGGCUGUCUCCUCUUUGUUUCCGUCUUUGCCUUUCUAAUUCCAACCGCAUUUGACUACACGUUCCAGAAUGCUCAGGAUGCUAGAAUCGCAACGCUGAAGCUGAGCAGAGUAUCCGCAUUCAUGGUAUUGGCAAUAUAUAUUAUAUACCUAAUCUAUGAAGUCAAAAAUAAAGGCCCCAAACCCUCUAAAUUGGGUCCUCCUGGGCUUGAUAUUGAAAGCCAGGCAGGACGGAUUGAAAAUCAACCACCUUCCUUACCUGCCGCACCAUCUCCUCAGCCUCAGCUUCAGCCAAGGACAAUUCGAUUUGCCGAGAAUGAUACCCGAGAACAGUCAAAAUCUAACGUGAUGAAACAUGAAGCAAGCAGUCUGCCUGAUACCAGCGAUGAUGAGGAGUACACGCGCACGAUAUACGCCGUCAGUGCUCGGGAGAUUCGUGGAAGAGGCAGCGCUGAAGGAUCUGCGCGAGGAAAAACUAUAUCAGGAUCAAGGUAUCAGAAACUUACACGAGCCAGAGGCCACUCCAGAUCGUUGUCAGCUGGGUCCCGCCGGCGAUUUGCAAGCCGAGACUCGUCAGUUGCUUCAAGCCGACGUCUAGCCCUGAGAAGGUCUGGCCUUCCACCGCUGAGCACAAUGCGUGGGACUGUCGAUAGUUAUGGCCACUUGUCAACUUUCCCCGAGCCAAACAUAUCCAACAUGAUUGUUGGAAGAUAUGUAUCUGUAUUUGUCCUCGUUCUAUCAUCGGUUUUGAUGUCUAUGAACGCCGAGUUCCUCGUCUCCACCAUUGACGAUGUCACACACGACGGACAAUUCUCUGAAAUGAUUAUUGGACUCAUCAUCCUGCCGAUUGUGGGAAACAUGGCAGAGUAUAUUACCGUUGUGACUGUUGCCGUCAGGGAAAAGCUUGAUCUUGCUAUUGCUGUGUCCGUGGGCUCGUCCAUCCAGAUCGCACUCUGCGUCACGCCCCUGACAAUACUCGCUGCCUGGAUCCUGGACCAGGAUCUUGGUUUGUCCUUCACCUUUUUCGAAAUGGCAACCCUAGUAGGGUCGGUGCUUUUGGUGAAUCUCAUCAUUAUGAGCGAGGGUGGAGGGGGGCCACGAGCCAACGCUCUCCGCGGAGGACUGAUGUGCGGUUGCUAUACCAUUGUCGGGUGA